AUGGUCCUGUCUAGCUUUGAGCCAAGGAGCGAAGCUCCGAUUCCAACGCACGCGGCGUCUGAGCGACAUUCUGGUCUGGGAGAUAUCAUCCGAGACAUCACUAUCGGCUUUGCCGAUGGACUGACUGUGCCAUUUGCCCUCACCGCCGGACUGUCGAGUCUCGGCUCAUCGAAGAUUGUCAUCGUCGGCGGACUCGCUGAACUAUUCAGCGGCGCGAUCUCAAUGGGAUUGGGAGCCUACCUGGCAGCCGUCACGGAGCGGGAUCACUACUCGAGCGAAGAGGCUCGUGAGCGAGAAGAAGUGUUGACCAAGCCAGGAGCGGAGCAAGAAGAGUGUUUGGAGAUCCUAGACGGGUAUGGAAUCUCAAGAGAAGCCAGUCAGUCGGUGGUGGAGUGUUUGACACGAGAUCCGGAACAAUGGAUUCGGUUCAUGAUGGAUUUUGAAUUGAAACUUGAAAAGCCCAACGUGUCGCGCGCGUGGAUCUCGGCGGCUACGAUGGGCAUGUCAUAUUUCAUCGGCGGCCUACUUCCCAUGAUUCCGUACUUUGUCAUGAAAAACACCACUCACGGGCUUUUCGUCUCUAUAGGCAUCACUGUCGUGGUCUGCCUCCUGUUUGGAUUCUUCAAAAACUUUGCUAUUCUCAAAAGUAAACGUGCUGGUUUCUAUGGCGCCGCGCAAACACUUCUUGUUGGUGCCAUUGCAGCGGGUACCAGUUAUGGAAUCGUUUACGGGGUGGAUCAUAGUAAUAUUGGCAAUUGA